AGUAAAGGACGUAGACCCAUUAGUAUCAGUAACGAUUAGGAAUCUUAGCCAAACGGGAUUUCCUGUUUGGAAUAGUUUCGUUUGUUCACAAAACCUUAUCGGUCUUACGGUACAAACCUUGAAACGUACCAAACUCUCUGGUAACGUUGAUCAAGUGCCGGACUCCUAUAUAAGUAAAACCAAUGCCACCGACUUAAUUGCCGGUGAUUGGAAUACAAAAACCGAUACUUCGUGUUUCGUUUUUAGAAAUAUUCACAAUAACUACAUUUUUUUACCUGGUACCUUGGAUCAGAUGAUUCUAAUUGCUACUGUAUCUACGGGAUCACAGAAUACAUCAAACAACGCAAUCUUAUUUGGAAUUUUCGAUGACGAGCGUUCGAUCGGUACGGUUGAACCGUUUGCAGCAAAAAUACCUUCGACAAACAAUUUCACUUUUACUCGCAUUGAAAGUAUCGACAAUAAUAAAAAUAGUCAUUCCUAUUUCUCCGUGAGUAAACAGGAUCAUGACUCUGUUAGUAAUUCUGGUAAUGGAAGCGUUGCAACAAUAUUCACAUAUUCCCCUGACACAUAUUUGGUUAUGAGAUAUACAGAGAUAAGAUUAUACACACCAUAUGAUUUGUUUGCUGCGAUCGGUGGCUUACUCAUUUAUGUGAUAGCAAUCUGGAUAUUCUUAUUUGGACACGGAAAAUAUAAAGCUUGGGGAGCGAUUCAUCGUUACAUCUUUCGCAAUUCACCUGAUGCACACAGGAAAAAACAUUCCAAAGAUAUUUAUGAAAAUUCCGGGGCAAUCGAAAGUCAAACAAACUUAGUUGAUUCGAGUAAGAUAAUUGAAUCUAAGGGCGAUCAUUAUCGAUAUGUACCUAAGAAUAAAGAUCCAGAAUAUUAUUUCACGAAUUCCGAUGUGCCGAAUUUAUCACAAAUUCCACGUGUAUCAUCGGGCGAAGGGAGAACAAUUAACGAGAAGGAUAUCAUAGAAAAGAUUAAUGACAUGGUUGAUGAAAAACUAUGGUUCCUUGAGCAAACAUUAAACAACCAUUAUCUCUCUGAAUUUAGAUUACGUAAAUAUGAGAUUGAUUACAAUCAUAUGAAACUUGAACCUAAUAAAAAAGAUACCGAAGGGGAAUUCUUGAUAAAGCCAACGGCGCAGUUGACUUUGGAUUACACAGAUUACCCACAUUCACCAAUAAAGACGAAUAUCAGUGAGGAACUUAAAGAAUCACAAUCACAAUAUUCAACGAAUAUUCAAGAUGAGAAAUCCAAAGACAGCUCUGAUGAUGCGGAUUAUCAAUUGUCGGAAAAAUCCGAAAGAUCAUUGGAAACCCAACCUGAAGAAUUGGCUACCGAAGAACAGCAGACUAUAAUCGUUCAAAAAGUAGAACAACCCGCCGCCGUAAUAAUUCCAAAGACACUACAAUCCGAACAAUCAACUGAAAUACUGCAAAAACCAAAAAUACCAAAACGUCCUACUAUAGUAACUAGAUCAGAAUCACAGUCAACUGUAACAACACAGAAGUCACCAACUCGUCCUACUAUAGUAACUAGAUCAGAAUCACAGUCGACUGCAACAACACAGAAGUCACCAACUCGCCCUACUAUGGUAACUAGGUCAGAAUCACAGUCGACUGUAACAACACCGAAGUCACCAACUUUAACACGACAUUCGCAAACUGUAAGUAGCAGAAAGUCGGCAUCGCUUGAAACUGGAGGAGCUAGGCCAAUGGGAGCUCGUAGAUAUCCUAGUACUAGACGUAGUGGUGGUAGUAACAAAGACAAGGGUACUGGUGGAAAUACCGAGACUCGUUCUAAGACAUCAAGUAUAUCAUCGUCUUCGUCUCCAGUAACCUUGACAACACAAGCACAGCACGAUUCAUCGUUUCAACCAACACAUCCUUAUGUAACAACAGAAUCAACAUCAUUACCUACCGAUUCACAGAUUGAACAUCAAUCGACUCAACAAACAGAAACGAAGAAAGGAAAGCACCGUGCAAUUUUGUCAAGCGAUGAAGAAGAGUAG